GUUGAAAUUAGUUCUUCAGUGACUUUCGGACUGUGUGUGUGCAGAAUAGUAUAAAACAGUGAAUAAUGACUGGUCGUGGUAAAGGAGGCAAGGGAUUGGGAAAAGGUGGCGCCAAGCGUCAUCGCAAAGUGCUUCGUGAUAACAUCCAAGGUAUCACGAAGCCUGCUAUCCGCCGUUUGGCUCGUCGUGGCGGUGUGAAGCGCAUAUCUGGACUCAUAUACGAGGAAACGCGUGGUGUUCUGAAGGUUUUCUUGGAGAACGUAAUUCGUGAUGCCGUCACCUACACCGAACACGCUAAGAGAAAGACUGUUACAGCCAUGGAUGUUGUGUACGCUCUGAAGAGGCAAGGCCGCACUCUCUACGGAUUUGGCGGUUAAAAAAAAAGUCCUGUACUUUUAUUAAGCAAUCGGUCCUUUUCAGGA